UUUUAUUAACACAAUCUCUCAUUUUCCCACCUCACAUCUCUCAACUGCUUCAUCUUCUUCAUCACAUUCACAACACAACUACUCUGAUUUUGGUUUAUCAAUGACGCUGAGUUACUAUUUAGCGGAGCAUCCUACCAUCGUUAACUUCCGUUGGAGUCCCACCCUAUCAUACGCCUCGACUUGGUCUUUCCUCUUCGCCGCCGUCUCCUCUUACGUCAUCUCUGCCGUCACUCUCCAUCUUCUCCUCCUCGUAAUCCUCUCCCUCUGUCACCGCCGCCGCGGAUUCUCCCUAGGUUUGAUCCCAGCCCUGCACAGCUUGUCUAUUUCCGUAAUCUCAGCCGUCAUCUUCGUCGGUAUCCUCCUCUCGGCCGCUGCAGAGAUCCGAGACACGCGUUGGCUAUGGCGGCGUACGCGCACCACCGCUCUCCAAUGGUUCCUCUGUUUUCCCGUAGGCACACGCGCUUCGGGGCGCGUCUUUUUUUGGUCUUACGUGUUUUACCUCUCUCGGUUCCUUCACUUGCUCCGCACCUUCUUCUCCGUGAUACGACGUCGUAAGCUAAGCUUCUUCCAGCUUAUUAACCAGUCUUCUCUCCUCUGUAUCUCCUUCCUCUGGCUCGAAUAUUCCCAAUCUUUUCAGGUUGUAGCGAUACUGUUGACGACCGUAUCGUACGCCGUUGUGUACGGGUACAGAUUCUGGACGGAGAUUGGGUUACGCGGCGCGUGUUUCCCGUUCGUCGUUAACUGUCAAGCCAUUCUGUUGGGGUGUAUGACGGUUUGCCACGUAGGCGUUUUAUGUAUACACCUGGUCAAACGCGGCGGUUGUAACGGUAUCGGUGCUUGGCUCUUUAACUCCGUUCUUAACGCUGUUAUAUCGUUGCUCUACUUGAAGUUUUAUUGCAAGACGCGUUCCAUGACCAAGGCUAAGCCCACCACCACCAUAUAAAAAGUAUAAAAAUUCCAAUCAUUUUUGUAUUAUUGAUAAUUUAUAUUAUUCUCAUUCGGAGAAACAAAUCUGCUUCAGCCAAAAUAUACAGAAUUGGAGCUCAGGUUUUUGUAUUCUGUUGUUGUAUGAUGAUUAGUGUUGUUACAUAGGAAUAGGAUUCAUUGUAUAGUUGUUCCGAUACUCUAUAGAUCAACAAAAUAAAUAUAAAUA